CCAUUAUUUGCCGUUCCCAUAAAUUCACGCACUUUUAGAUUGGCGUAAAAGAACGGAGCAAACAGAAUAAGUGACAUGCUCAAACUAUUCACAAAACUUAUAAAGAUAGAUUUCGAUGAAUUUUAAUGAUAACUUACUUAUAUGCCUUCUAUGUAUAUAAAAAAAUGGGCUUAUACCACAUUUUUGCAUCGUUUGUUUACGUUUCCUUGUUGUGAUGAUUUUCGGUAUCAAAAGCGUGUAUUUUCCCGUAAAAUGCUUAAAUUAUAACGUCAUCAUUAUAUGACGUCGGGUACUUCAUUCAUUAAAAAAAACAUAUGACGUGGGAGUACGAUCGGAACAGCCAAUGCAAUAUAUUCAUAUUUUACCACGGAUUGAUUGGACUGAUCCAUGGUUUCGAUAUUUACUCUUGUUUCAUGUUAUAUGCUGCUUAACUACAAUAGUGAUCAGGAAAAAAUCCAAUAUACAAUUUAUUUAUUUUGGUUUCUUAAUCGUGAUGGUGUAUUUGUCAGAAUAUAUAAAUGAAUGGGCUGCAAAAAAUUACAAGUCAUUCUCGAGACAGCAGUAUUUUGACAGUAAUGGCUUGUUUAUAUCAACAGUUUUUUCAACGCCAAUUCUUAUUAACUGUUUGAUUAUGGUAAUAAUGUGGUUAUUAAAUAUGAGCAAGUUGAUGUCAGAAGUCAGAUAUGUUAAACAUCGUUCAAAAAGGAAAAAUGAGAGUGAACCACUUCAAACUUCAGAGAAUAGAACAGAUAAAGUAGGAAAGAGAGAAAAAGGAGACUAACAUCGUCAUUAUUGGAUAGUAAAUUGUGGGAAUUGCAAUAUCUAAUCUGGGGUAAACAUUUGUAAGGAUUCCAAUAAGAUAACCAGUAUUACGAUACAGUGUGUUAUUUAGGAUAACAAACUAAAGUUGUUUUCAGAAGACAGUGACAGCUUGAUUGUAUUGUUAAGGUAUUGUCUUUGAAAAAUUUGUACAAGGUGGUAUUAAUUUGGAAUUAACAUGUUUAUAAGUUAAUUACUGUCUGUGGUUAAGAUGUCAUUCAAUCCUGGACUCUGAUUGAAGUGUUUAGUUAAUUAUCAUGACUAAGAUGUCUUCCAAUCCUUGACUCUGACUAAAGUGUUUAGUUAUAGUUAAUAACCAUGGCUAAUUAUAUAAUUUGUCUUACAAUGAUGGACUCUGACUAAAGUGUAAUAACAAUGUCUAAGAUGUCAUUCAAUCCUGGACUCUUUCUAUGCUUAUUUUAACACUAAAUAGUAAAGACUUGAUACAGUUUCAUAGUAUAACAGCUAAAUAUAUACUUUUAAUACAGAUAACCAUUGACAGUCAUUUCUAGAAAAUUGAAAUGUCAAUUUCAUUCUCUUCUCUAUUAAUUCUAUAUAUGUAGGCAGAACAGAAGCUUUGUACAUUUAAAGAUACCUUUUUAAUUACCAAGGAUUGUUUUAAUAAUCCAAACUUUGAAACAUGCAUUUUAUUGCAGUGUUUAGUGACUUGUUUAUUUUAUUUGUUAUACAUUCAUAUUGCUAAAUAAACACCCUAAGGGGUCAUGCCAAUAAAAUUAUAGAAAUAUAAGGGCUGAUUAUUGUUACAUAAACAAAUGUGUUUUAAUCUGAAUAAUUACUAAUUAAUUAGUGACAUUAUUUAAAUGUAAUUUUUCUUACAAGUAAUUGUUAAUUCUUAAACAAGGUUAAAUAAGGAGUUACAUUUAUUUGAAGAUUAUUUUUUUUUGCUCUGUAUUUACUGUUUGCCAAUCUUAUUAUAUGUUAAACAUUUGUGUUUAUCACUGAAUCCUCUUUAAAAUUCAGACAAGUAUUUUAUCUUACCCAGUAUUGCCCAGUAUU